AUGCCAUCAGGUGUUGCGCUUAACCGGGUGCUGGCCCUCGGUUUGACGCUGGUCGUCAUCUUGGGUAUCACCAUCAACCAGCUACAGCUCAGCGACGAUCCCUACCGUUGCAAGGCAUUGCUCAACGACGGCAACUGGCUUGAUACACCUGCAGAGAAUGGAAGCAGGGCGCCUUUCAACAACUGGCAGCCAUCGGGAUGCAUGAUUCACAAGUACAAGAAGGAGGAGAUUGAACAAUGUAUGGAGGGGCGACACAUGCUGUUUGUCGGUGACUCUACAACUCGACAGGUCUUUUACGGCAUGGCUCGUCUGCUCGACGCAGAAAAGGCCGAUGCAGUCCGAGCCAAGAGCAAGAAGCACGAGAGUCACGACGAAGAAUUCGCAGGUAUCCGACUCAAGAAUAUCUGGGAUCCCUUUGGCAACGAGAGCGACAUUGUCCGAGACGAACUUUCCCUCUUCCACCAAGAGAAGCUUGACCGUGUCCCCGUCGAAGAGCAAAAGGGACCUGCUGUCGCCUUUGUUGGUAUGGGAGUAUGGUUCGCCGCCCGCUUCGAGAAGGAAGAGUCUCUUUCCAAGUUCCAGACUGCCUUUGCCAACAUCUCCGAGCUCGUCUCCCACAAGGACUUUGCACCUUUCGGCAACCGACCCAUUGAUCCCCGCGAUGGACUUGGCAACGAGAUGUUCCUCGCUCCCGUUGCCCCGCCCUUCUACGACGAGCUCCCCGAAUACCGCAAGACUGGUGUCGCUUCGCAGCCUGGUGAGAUUGAAGCCAUUGAUGAGUUCCUCCAGAGUCAGGAGCAGGAGUCUGGUAUCCCCAUGCUGUGGUCCUACCCUGCUCUUUCCUAUGAACAGAAGGAUGCCAUCGGCGACCACGAGAAUGGCUUCCAUGUCACCGACAAGGUUGCUGAGAUGAAGGCCCAGAUCCUACUCAACCUUCGAUGCAACGCCAAGCUCGACAUGCAGAACUCUUACCCUUACGACCGCACUUGCUGCACUAACUACGGCCAGAAGUCAUUUGUUCAGAUCAUCCUCGUCACCCUGGGUAUGCUGUAUGUUGGUGGUGCCGCCAUCACCGAGAUCAUCGCCCUCCGAUCUAGCGAGGCUCCCAAGUGGGCUUUCUUCAACCUCGACGUCGCUACCUUUAUCACUGGUCUUCUCGCCUGCUACUGGGCAGACCGAACCCAGUCAUUCGCCAAGGGCUCCAAGGAGUACAGCAUGUUCGACUUCAACCUCAUGUCUGCUCUUUGCUUCAUUGUCGGCUUUGCUUUCAUGACCAAGUCCAAGCCUCCACCUCCACGACCUGGUGCCCAGGCUGCUGCUGCCGCUACCGCACCCGCCACCCUUGACGAUGCGAAGCCUUUGUCGCGUGACCAGACUGAUGAGUGGAAGGGCUGGAUGCAGGCCCUCAUCCUCGUCUAUCACUGGACUGGUGCCUCUAGAGACCUGAACAUCUACGUCGGUAUCCGUCUCUUGGUCGCUGCUUAUCUCUUCCAAACUGGUUUUGGCCAUGGUGUUUUCUUCAGCUCCAAGAAGGACUUCUCCUUUAAGCGUGUCGUCGCUGUACUUCUGCGUCUUAACCUGCUUAGCUGCGCCUUGCCUUUCUUCAUGAACACCGACUACAUGUUCUACUACUUCGCCCCUCUCGUCAGCUUCUGGUUCCUCAUCAUCUACGCCCUCUUCGCCAUUUGCCCCAAGUACAACGAUAACACCUGGGCUCUCAUGGGUAAGAUCGCCAUCUCAGCUGCUAUCUGCCCUGGUGCUAUGCUGUGGACGCCUGUUCUCCAAUGGGUUUUUGACGCUUUGAACAUCGUCUUCCGAAUUGAAUGGGAUCUCCACGAGUGGCAGUUCCGUCUUGGCCUUGAUGGUCUCAUCGUAUAUGUUGGUAUCAUCAUGGGUGUCGCUUCGGUUCGAACCAAGCUCUACAACAAGAUCCUUACCCAGUCCUACGGCUUGGCUGGUAUCGCUGGUAUCCUAUCCAUCCCUCUGUACUGGUGGGUCGCCGUCAGCAAGGCCGAGAAGAAGCAAGACUACACUGCUCUUCACCCCAUCUUCUCCUUCAUUCCCAUCAUGGGCUUCAUCGCUGCCCGUAACAUGUUCCCCGCGGCUCGCACCUGGUAUUCUCGAUCAUUCGCCUGGAUCGGUCGCUGCUCUCUGGAGACCUUCACCCUCCAAUUCCACAUCCUUCUCGCCGCCGACACCAAGGGUCUUCUGCUUCUCGACAUCUUCAAGGGUGACGGUAGCCUCCUCUGCGACCGCUGGAGGUCUCUGAUCAUCAUCGUCCCCGUCUUCUUGUGGAUUAGCUCCCGUGUCGCGGAUGCCACUGGUGGCAUGGUUAAGCUGUUGACUAUCGACUGGGCUUCUGAGGAGCAAGAUGAGUACGACGUCGAGGCCAAGGGUGAUGCUGAGCCUUUAAUGGGCGGUAACAUCCUUUCGCCCUUCACGCGCCACAUGCCUUCCAAGUCAUCGUGGGCCAACAAUCUCAAGCUCCGCAUGCUUGGUCUUCUUGUCCUCCUCUGGGCAUUGAACUUGUUCUACUAG